AUGUUUCCCCCAAAUUCAAUUACAUCGUCAGAACAACUCCAUUCUACUAGCAAUAAUCAGAGAUGGACAUUUUCAUUAAUAUGGGCUGUGAUUAUUGUAACAUUUUCUACAAGUUUUGUUAUGGGUGUUAAUACUGGUGGUCCUAAUCUGUACAAUGGUUUUAUUAUUCCAUGGUUACGAGGUUAUCCAUUUCCUUGCCAAAAAGAUGAUAGUACAUCACAAUGGAUUGCACGUGUUUGGUCAGGAUGUGAUUAUAUUAAUGUUCUAGCAAGAAAUUAUACAGGUUACUAUUAUUUACCUGCUAUACCAGCAAAUAGCUAUGUUGCUCAAAAUUUUAUUGAUUCACUUCAUGGCAUUCUUUUCGUGGUUGGUGCAACAAUUGGAAGUUUUACUGGACAAUAUUGGUAUAAGUAUUUUACGAGACGAAAUGCAAUUAUUAUCUGUAUGCUCUUUCAAGUUGUAGCAUCGAUUCUCAUGAUCUUUACACUUGAGAUUUAUCAUGGUUAUGACCUAGGUGAUCCUAGUCUUCUUGCAAUAAAAAAAGCAUUAGAAAAUAAGAAUUUUGCUAUUAGUUUAUUUUAUAUAUCACGUUUUCUUUCUGGUUGGUCUGCUGGUUUAAGUUGUGUUGUGACACCUAUCUAUUUGACGGAUAUUAGUCCACGAACAAUGCGUGGUGAAAUAGUAACAUAUCAUCAAUUAUUAAUCGUUAUUGGUGUUUUUUUUUGUAAAUGGCAUUGGGGUAUGUCAUGGGUUGGUAUAUUUUCAUUAAUAGGUUGCUUUUUAAUUUGGACAUUAUAUGAAAGUCCACGAUGGUUAAUGCAAGAUCGUCAACGACAUGAAGCUAUAGAAUCAUUGCGUGCGUUGCGUGAAACUAGUGAGAUUGAAGAAGAAAUAAGAGAAAUUGAAAGAGAAGAAUUAACAGUUAAUCUACAAGAUUUAUCAUUAGUUCGUCUUUUUACUUCAUCUCGAUUUCGUUGGCCAUUAUUGACUAGUAUUGUUCUUACAGCUGCUUCUCAAUUUUCAGGUAUUAAUACAGUCUUAUUUUAUUCACAUACAACAUUUUCACAAAUGGGUAUAUUGGAAGAUAAAGUUUAUUGGACUGUUCUAUCAACUGGAAUGUGUCUUGUUAUUGCAACUAUGACAUCUAUCAAAUUAGUUGAAUUAUUUGGUCGACGACCUUUGAUUCUUUAUCCACUAGCAAUAAUUGUUGUCAUCAUGAUUCUACUCUGUGUAUUUUUACAGAUUAAUCCAGAAGGUUUAGUUGUUGAAAUAUUAUUACUUAUUUUAAUAUUUAUUGCUUUAUUUUCUGUUGGACUUGGUACUAUUCCAUAUUUGUAUCCAAAUGAAGUAUUUACUAUUAGUGUUCGACCUGUUGCUCAUUCGUUUGCCAUGUUUUCAAUGUUUUUUACUGAUGCAUGUUAG